AUGCCCAGCGUACACGUGGUAUUUAGACAACUGCAAAAGAAACGCCACGACCGCAAUGUGAUGGUGGAGGAAGUGUGUAGUUUAACUUUUCGGUUAACAGAUAAUAUAGUACUCUCAUUCCAGAUUGUUACGCUACGAUGGUUUGGGAUCAGUAUCGGCUUUGAUCACAUUGUCAAUGAACACAUCAAAAAAUGUACUACUUUGAAUGUGUGCGAGGACUUCAUUUGGCAGUACCUUCGUUCGGAGUUACUUCAAGCGAACCAGUUGUGGUCGUCGCACAGAAAUCUUCUCCAACUACUAAUGAAGAAAUAUUUCUGCUACGUGCAAGAAUUGAUGGUUCCUGUCGCCUUUUUCUCAGAAAUGCACUCGAUUCUGGAAGCCACCUAUGCGUCAGAUUCCGGUACGGUGGCAAUGCCUCAGUUGACCAGAAUUACAGUGAAUAUAGGAGAAGAAUGGGGAAAGUUGUUGAUGUCUCACAUUUAUGACAACUUGAAGAUCAGGUGCGUUCUUUGA